UGAGUGAGUAGCAAGCAGCUGCUGAGCUCUGUGAACAGACAACUUUGAGAUCUUUUCUUAACUGCUAUCUGAGUAGUUAAUGUUUCUUCAAGUUUUAUUUUAUAUUUUGGGUUUUUUCUUUUUUAAAUCCAAGGCAUGGAUCAGUGCUGGUAUCACGGAAGCAUCACUCGUUCAAAAGCCGAGGACUUACUUUCUAAAGUGGGCAAGGAUGGAAGUUUUCUCGUCCGGGCCAGUGAGUCUGUCUCUUCAGCUUACGCCCUCUGUUUGCUGUAUCAAAACUGCGUGUAUACUUACAGGAUUCUACCAAAUAAAGAAAAUAAACUAGUGAUCCAGGCAUGUGAAGGUGUUCCAGUGCAAUAUUUCAACAGCUUAGAUGAACUGAUAGAAUUUUACAAGAAAGAGAACAUGGGUCUGGUCCGGAGCCUUAAAUUCCCAGUUCCCCAUGAAGAAGAGGAGACAACAGAUGAUCUAGAAGAAGAUCUGGAUUCUUUGCCUAUUCCACCUGUAUUACCUCCACGCAGCAUUUCAAUUCCAGUAAGUGAAACAAAGGAAGAGCUUUUACUCAAUGAUUAUAUCCAGAUGUCAGAAGUUAGCAGACCACCUCUUUCUGAAACCUUGCUCCAGCGAUUACAGCACCAGGAUACCAGCAAUAUUCCAGAAGAGCAUCUCAAACUUAUCCAGGAUUAUUUGAGUGUUCAUAUAACUAGUGAUAUUGAAACUGUACAGCUUGGCUCAUGGAAUCUCCCUCAGCUGAAGAAACUACUUACAGGACUCUGCAAAGGAUUCUUCAAUGAGUUGUCUCGAACUUUACCUUCUCUGGAAUCUAUACAGAUGGUGUUUGAUCAGCAGCUUUCCCCUACCCAUCGACAUUCUCAGCCAUCCUUUGAUGUCAAUCGUGCAAAAUUGGUUCAGUUGACAAAUUUGCUUUCUUCAAUAGAGGAUAAGGUGAAAAGAGUAUUGAUUGAGGGGUCAGAUUCAACACAUCGACGUUCACUUAUCCCUCCUGUUACCUUUGAGGUGAAAGCAGAUUGUCUUGGGAUUUCUUCCAAGAUUCAUCUUAAAGUUGAUGUUGAGAUGGGAAAACUUUUUAUUAAGAAAGCUAAGGAUGGUCCUGAAGAUAAGUUCUAUAACCACAAAAAAAUCCUACAGCUCAUCAAGUCUCAGAAGUUUCCUAACAAGCUGGUCAUUGUACUGGAGACAGAAAAAGAAAAAGCACAAAGGAAAGAAUAUGUCUUUGCUGACUCUAAGAAAAGAGAAGGCUUCUGCCAACUUCUACAGCAAAUGAAGAACAAGCAUUCUGAACAACCAGAACCUGACAUGAUCACCGUCUUCAUUGGGACCUGGAAUAUGGGUGAUGCUCCUCCACCAAAGAAGAUCAGUUCCUGGUUUCUCUCCAAGGGACAGGGUAAGACCCGUGAUGAGACAGCUGACUAUAUUCCACAUGACAUCUAUGUGAUUGGAACACAGGAAGACUCCUUGGGGGAAAAAGAAUGGCAAGAGAUUCUAAGGCAUUCCUUACAGGAGAUUACCACUAUCAGCUUCAAAGUGAUAGCAACCCAUACUCUCUGGAACAUCAGGACUGUUGUACUGGCAAAACCUGAACAUGAACAUCGCAUAAGCCACCUCUGCAUUGAUACUGUGAAGACUGGAAUUGCAAACAGGCUGGGCAACAAAGGAGCUGUGGGGGUGUCAUUCAUGUUUAAUGGAACUUCCUUUGGGUUUGUGAAUAGCCAUUUGACUUCAGGAAGUGAGAAGAAACAGAGACGAAAUCAGAACUACAUGAGUAUUCUUCGCUUUAUGUCCUUGGGAGUCAAGAAUUUGAAUCCAUUUAACAUCACUCAUCGUUUUACUCAUUUCUUCUGGCUGGGAGAUCUGAAUUACCGCUUAGAGUUAUCUCCAAUGGAAGCAGAAAAUAUCAUUCAGAAAAUCAGACAGCAGCAGUAUACAGAAUUGCUUAAUUUUGACCAGCUCCUCAUUGAAAAGAAGGAUCAGAAGGUGUUUCUGCAGCUAGAGGAGGAAGAAAUAACAUUUGCCCCAACCUAUCGCUUUGAAAGAAACACCCGGGAGAAUUAUAUCUACACCAAGCAGAAAGCCACAGGGAUGAAGUACAAUUUGCCAUCCUGGUGUGAUCGAGUACUCUGGAAAUCAUAUCCCUUGGUGCAUGUGGUGUGCCAGUCUUAUGGAUGCACAACUGACAUUAUGACAAGCGAUCAUAGUCCUGUUUUUGCUACAUUUGAAGUUGCUGUCACAUCUCAGUUUGUUUCUAAGAAUGAUGCUAAGUACACAGACUCUCUGGGACAGAUUGAAUUUCUCCAUUGCAGUGCUGUCCUCAAGACAAAGUCAAAGACUAAAUUCUACAUUGAAUUUUACUCCAGCUGCCUAGAAAGCUUUGUAAAGAGCCAAGAGGGAGAAAAUGAGGAAGGAAACGAAGGGGAACUGGUGGUAAAGUUUGUUGAAGCCCUUCCUAAGCUAACUCCAAUUAUUUCAGAUCCAGAAUAUCUGUUAGACCAACACAUUUUGAUUUGCAUUAAAUCUUCAGACAGUGAUGAAUCCUAUGGUGAAGGCUGCAUCGCCCUUCGAAGUGGAGCUGCAGAAUCCGAAGUCCCUAUUCAAACUGUGUUAACACACCAUGGAGAAAACACAGGGAUCUUCCAAGGUCAAUUCAAGCUACAAACAUCCCAAGGGAAACAGAGAGAAAAAUUAUACGAUUUUGUGAAAAUUGAACGAGAUGAAACAGCUGGACAAAAAUCAAUCAGAGGCUUGAGCUGUAUAGACCAUGCAAAAGAAUGGGAACAAAUCAACAAGGCUACUAUUUCCAGCAGGAGACCCACUCAUUUGGUAGCCAAAGAAGCAGCUGCCAUUGCUCGGUUUCGUGGAACUGGAGUAUCUCUUGAUGAACCUUGCAGAGAUGAUAUUGGGCGGAACACAGUGCCCUCAGAGAUCAAUAAUGCUAGCUACUUAAGGAUGACUGUUGCCUCUCAACCAUUCACUGCAACAACCCAGUUUAAGCAAAUCCCUUCACCAGAUCAACAACCUACCCUUUGGAAUUAUGAUCCACAGCCAAAAGAUAAUAUUCCACUAUUGGGAUUAGAAUCUCCUACUACACCUUCCACUCUGUCUCCUGGAUCUCCAAGACCUACUGCUCCUUUUGCAACUAACCGAAAAGAUCAACUGUACAGUGAAGUGAGGAAAAGCUUGGUAGAACCAUUGCUGCAAGAGGAAGCAUAUUCAAAACCAGAGAUGAUUGAUAAUCCACUGUAUGACUUCACAAAAUCCAAGGACAAGCUUCUAUUUAAGAGAGAACAGGAAUUGUUUAAGGGCUCCCGGAAAGAACUCCCAACUAUUCCUGAUCAAAACUUUCCUUUCACCAAGCCACAAGAGACCGAUGGCAACAAACCUUGCAAGCCACAAUUCUCCCCACCUUUCCUUGUCUCCACACACAGGUUUCGUUCUUAUACCUGUUCUAAUCAAUCUGAGGAAAACAAUACAGUGAAGGAAAAGAUUCAAAACAAGCAGAAACCCUGUUCCAAUUUAGAUUCUUCUCUGUCAACUUUCAAGAAUCCCAUUAAAUUAACAAGGUCUGAAAUAGGGCAGAAUAAACCACCUCUUCCAUCUAAAAGCCAGGUAGUACUUGAUAUGCAGCAUGUCAAGGGCCGAGAUUAUCGAGAAAGCUCAGAACUUCCAUCUCAAAGGAAACACCAAAAUGAGGAUGGGACUAUUGGCAGAGCAGCUGUUCCGUGAAAGGAAGCUUCACUGAUGAAAAACCCAGAUGAAUCCUGAAAAGAAACAGCAUGAACAUUUCUCAGAAAACAUCUUAAUAUUCUUUGACUUGGUACGUAAGCCAUGUAGUUGAAUGUUUAAACAAAAAUAAAUAUUUCUGUCUGUCUCUCUCUUAGUACACAUUAUGAAACAUAAGGUAAAAUCAAUUUAGACCAAAAUUGAUUUUAAAAGACUGAGAUGAACAAGUGCUAUAAAGCUUAAAACUUUGUCAAUUAUUUCAAGGGCAAGAAAAUUGUGAAUAAUUAUUGGAAUUGAAAAUGAUAUGGGUUGGAUACAUUUGAAAAGUACACUGCACAUGGAAGGUAUUACUAUAUUACAGAUUAAGACAAAAUGUAUAUUUAGUUUCCUAAAUAUUUUUAUCUGGUGGUUUACUGAGGGAGAAUAAAAACCAAAAGUGUAUAAUUUUUGAGCAUGCACAAAGUGCUAACUUGGUUCUUUAAGAGAACAGAGGAUGCAUUUUCAGCAACUAUAAAAUUUCUUUUGGAUCAUAAAUCUAUCAAUAAUAAUUGCCUAAUAUAUAUAUAUUGGGUUAGUAAUAAGGAUUAAUUUUGUGGGUACAAUUGUAGGUCAAAUUAAAAUAAUCACUAUAACUACCGGUAAGCAGUCUAGCAGUUUUUAUUCAGCUCUUAUAUAUACAAAAAAGGUGUUGUGGUUUGCUUUGUAUAGUAUACACACAGUAUUCAAUUUAUACUGACUUCAUUGUAAUAUCACAUUGGCAAUUACUUGAUUCAAAAUAUAAUAAAAACUAUCUCUCUUAUCCUGGUUUAUAAGCAGCUAGACAUAUUUGGGCCUAAUUACAAUUAGAUUUUGAUGGUGAGUCUCAUGAAUAUUUUAUUCUUUAAAAAUAGGUUUCCAUUCUGUUGGAAAAUGUGGUAGAAUCUGGAAUAGUUUCUAAAUUAAUUGCUUGGUAAUGUUUAUUUUAAGGAAUUUCAAUAACUACACAUAGUAGAAUUAUUUUUGUCUCAUACAAAAUCAGGUCAUGGAAUAUCAGUGCAUGCAAGUCUUAAACACGAGGUUAAAAUUAAUUCAUGAGUUUAUUCCAAGUAUUUUAGCCUCCUCAAUAAUGUAUUGAAAAAAUGGAUUGUAUCUCUGUUGGCAACGUAAUGCAUUUAGCUGUGGCAAGUUCUGGUUUCCUUUUGGAGUAAUAAUAUGUAUUAGUAGAUGGGUGGGUAAAUAUUUCCAAGUUUAAAAUAGUUUCAAGUUAAAGAUGUCAGUAUUAGUUUGAAUUAUAUUUAAAAAUCGUGAAACCUGACCAUUUUUGAGAAACAUAGGUUAUAUCAAAUAUGAGGAAUAGCCCAGAGAUUUAUAUAGAGGGACAGGAAAAGUCCUAUUAUCCAGAUAUCAAAAAUUGGAUUCAAGAAAUGUAUCACAUUUUUAAAGAUUGUUUUUAUACUAAUUAAAACACAAUGUGUUUCCCUGUUACAGAUUUCCUAAUAUUUUGCAAAAGUAGACACAUUUUCAUGUGUAAUUUGAUAUAUUGCUAUUAAAUGAAUAUGUCAUCUGUUUAGGUGAUUUAUAUCAAAUUAGUAUGUUCUUUUUUUCUUUUAGUUUAGUAUUAUAACUUAAUAAUUAACUGUUGGAUGUGUGUACAUUAAUGUCUUCCUCUUAAUUUGUUUUGUAUAUAUUUUAAACGGCAACAAUAUAAUUAAAAUUAUUUCUUAUUGGCCACAAUGCUUAUUACUUUUUAUUUUUGUAUCCAUCUGAGACUUUAUGUAAAAAGCUUUGCAAUAAAAUUAUGCAGUGUA